AUCAUACACACGGGCUCACACUAAUACAGACUCGAGCUUGCAUGUGAGAAAAAAACACAAAACAAAACAAAAUUAAGAGGCAGCUGAAUUCGAAUUCUCGAAUAUUUAUAAUUUGAAAACCACCAGAGACGGCCAGAAUUCAAGUCUCGCAAAGCCAGAAAUCGAGUGGACAACACAAAUAUACGAUUUGCCGACAACAAUCAGGACAUACCAAGCUGUAACAGCGAAAUAGCGGAUUUGCGUCUCAAACUUUGCAAAAGAAAGAUUGUAUUUUGUGUUUGCGGAUUUAAAACCGCUAUAUAAAUCCGUGAAUUUUGUUUUCGAAAUGGUGGAACCCAUUUUCGAGUAUCAAUUUCGACUGAUUUUAAUCGGCGACAGCACCGUGGGCAAAAGUUCGUUGCUCAAAUUCUUCACAGACGGCAAAUUUGCUGAGUUAUCGGAUCCCACAGUUGGCGUCGACUUCUUUGCCCGCCUCAUCGAAAUGAAGGACGGUACACAGAUUAAGCUCCAGCUAUGGGACACCGCUGGCCAGGAGCGCUUCCGCUCGAUUACCAAGUCCUACUAUAGAAACUCGGUGGGUGUGCUGUUGGUCUAUGACAUAUCAAAUCAUGCCAGCUUCGAGCACAUACCGCUGUGGAUGAUGGAGGCACAGCGUCACAUUGAGCCCCACCACCCUGUUUUCGCUUUGGUCGGCUGCAAACUGGAUCUCAUUAACGCCGGCGGGCAUCGUGAGGUGACUACGGAGGAAGCGCAAAAGUUUGCCAAACAACAUGGUUUGCAUUUCGUUGAGACAUCGGCACGAUCCGGGGCCAAUGUGGAGGAGGCCUUUCGAAUGGUCACCCAGGAGGUGUACGCCCGCAUCCGAUCCGGUGAAUACAAGGCGGAGGAUGGAUGGGAUGGCAUUAAAUCCGGGUUUUCGCGACCUAAUAGUCUGGACUUUAAUCUUGUCGUGGCUGAGCCGGAAAAGUCUUCUUGUUGUUGAUUAUCCCCUGUUUAUUAUUUUCAAUACUGUUUUGCGUACAUUGAUUUGUAUUGUAUGUCCUACCCACCACCGCCACAACCCUUUCCUCCCAAAAAAAUCUUUGUUGACUCUAUAAUCUUGUUUAAUCGCCUAGUUUAGCUGAAAAACCAAAACAGUUACGUAUAUUUGUACAAUGAGUUUUUUUUUCUAAUUACUUUUAGUUUUGCUCUUAAGUUAAAUUUUAAUUAGGUGACUCACGGUAAUUAGUGAAUAUUGAGUUUGUCCCCCCUUUAUAAAAUAAGUUUAAUUCGAUUCUGUUAUUGGUAAACGAGUCACAUCAGAAAUACGUAGACGAGUUUCUGUGCUCCUAACUCAUACAACACAUUACUCCACAUACACACUUACGAACGGAAAAGCUAUACAUAUACUUGAAACUUGAAAUAUAAACGUUUUUAAUAAUACGAA